AUGCCGCCCAAGCGCAAAAACACAGACAACGCCGCCGCUAUGGACCGUCCAGAAAAGAAGACAAAGGCUCCCAAAAAAGGAGCAAAGGCAGCCCCCGAAGUAUACACUGCUCAGCAGAAAGCUGCAAUCCAGCAGUUCAUCAGCUUUACUCAACUUGACAAGUCCACCGCGGUCAGGGCACUCAAAAGCCAUGGCUGGGAUGCACAGAACGCCGUGAACGCGGACGUCCAACCCGCCCAAGUACACGCAGUCAGCAUAAUCAACACCGCCGACGACGACCGCCUCUCUUCUGGCAACACCGCUGCUUCCUCCGAUUCCACCGCGUCCAGUAUCGAGACCUACACAGUUCAGGGAGCUUUCCGACCGCUUGCCGUACCACACCUGGUUGAGGGUCUGGACUGUUUACAAACGGAGCAACAUCGAGUCCAAGCGGAACACCUAAGCCGCGUGCUACACAGCAGUCUCAGUCUUACCAACGUUACCAACGCACCAGAAAGUCAGUUCGCGCUAGCCCGUCAUAUCCGAUACGGCAGUUUGGGAACAGACUCGGUCAUUCUACAACAUCCGCGCAGUAUCACAACUCCCCUUCCAAGUACAUGCUUGCCGGAAACUAUACUCGAGGAGCUGCUGGCGCUCUUGCACACUACCACAGUGCCUUCACUUCGCACCUCCGUCUCUGAUCAUCACCUAGGUUCAGAGCCGACUGUGUCGUUGCGCGGUGGUUCUGGCAACUACGUCGGCUCUGGGGGCUACAGCAACGACUACAGCGAGCAUGACAUCUCAGGAAGACGCAGUCCCCAAGCUUCAGACACCCCAGGACAAGCUGCGCUCUGGGCUCUCGAGAGCCAUUACUUGAAAUGUAUGGCUCCCAUGGACUAUGCUUCCUAUGUGGACUCCUGCAAACAAGAGACUCUUUGGUUCGAGUCCAUCGGGAUCACCCAAAUAUGGCCGAGAAUCGAACAGGCCUUGUGGCAUUUGCCCAUAACCGUAGGCGUAAACUACAACACGUUCAUCCAAUCACUAUCACUUGCGAAUCGGAGUGUGUUCGCCAAGCUCUUCAACCUCCUCCCAUUGAUCAACCACAAAACGAUCCCAGCUCCCGCUUUCGAAAAAUGGAAGUUGGCGCGUCUGGCCUUCUUCCAUGGUCUGGGACGUGAUGGCAGGACCAAAUUCUGCCGCAUCAUCAUCGAAAGAAUAAAAUUGGUGACAGGGGUUGAUGAAGUGCCCGUGCUGAGCGAUGCCACGUCGUCACCUAUCGACACAGUGCAUCUGUUCAUGACUGCGAAAAUUUACUACAGCAGCAGCAACAGCGGCGGUUCCCAAGGCUCAUCUGCGAUGAAGACCAAUCUCAACAAGCUGUUCGAUCGGUACCAAGAGGCUGGUGCACCAGACAAAGACAUCGUCGGAGUAGAGGGCACGAUGCAGUAUUUCGACGAAACUGGCGUCGAUGCCGAGGGCCUAGAUGCGUUGGCGGCUCUUGAAAUCGUCCAGGCCCCUACCAUGGGCGAGAUGAGCCGCGAUGGCUUCGUCAAGGGUUGGUUGGAGCGCCACUGCGAUACCAUCGACAAACAGAAGUCGUAUCUCAGGAUUCUCAAGAGCGAGCUCUCGGGCAACAAAGACGUCUUCACACGGGUUUACAAGUACACAUUCACCAUUGCCAAGACUGCGGACCAGAGGGCUGUUCCACUCGAGAUGGCCACCGUGUACUGGGAGUUGCUCUUCAGUUCGCCCUUGUCUGCUGUUCGGUGGUCAAGUCCCAACACUCCGUGGCUUACUUGGUGGACUGAGUUCCUCAAUACGUCGUGGAAGAAGAGCGUCAACAAGGACAUGUGGAACGAGACACUCAAGUUCGCGCAGCUCUCGCUGGAAGAUGAGACCAUGGGCUUCUGGAACGAGGAGUCUUCAUGGCCGUCUGUCAUUGACGACUUUGUCGAGUUCGUCAAGAAGGAGAAGCGGGGUGACACGGGAGAGCAGCCGAUGGACGAAGACUACUAUUGA